UCGGUUGUGUCUUUUAAUUAUUUAAACGGUGUGUCGUUGACCUCUGGUAAUCUGACUAAUGUCGCUUAAAAGAAACGCAAGCAUUGUAAGGCUCAAACGGCAGAGGUGCUCGUCCUCACAGUCCUGCUGUCUUUUGACGUAAAUCAUCCGUCCUCUUCCGCAAAUGGCACAGUAGUAUGUCUUGUAAAUUAAACGGACGAUCAAUACACAAAUUCAGAAAGCUAACCUUAACCCUGACCUUAAUUCUAAUUCUAAAAUCAACGGCAUGAAGCAGAAAAUCAAUAACGGAUUCGAGUUUUGCAAGGUUUGCAAUCUGAAUCACGACCAAGGGCAACGCCACAAGUACUUCCCUAACCACAAGAAAUCACUCUCUGCAUUCCUCUCUCGAUUCCAGAACAAGCUCGCAGACAUUAGGUUCUUUCUCAAAAACCCUAGCCUCUUGCGCCCCGAACACUCCUAUCGCAAUCGCUUAUGGUGCGUCUUCUGCGAUACUGAUAUCAUUGAAAUAGGCAGUUCCUUCGCUUGCAGUGCUAAUGCAAUAAAUCAUCUGGCAAGUGCUGAUCAUUUGAAGAAUUUGAAGCAUUUCCUUUGGAAAUGCGGUGGUGGGAUGGACCGUCUGGAUACCUUUCGAAUCUUGGAAUCUGAUGUAGAUAAAUGGGAGAAGAAGUGCAAAUCGUUGAAGAAUGAAGGCGCAUCAUCCAGUGAUGAAUUUUGUGUGCUGAAAAUUGGGCCUUCAAAUGAUAUCCAAAAUGAACUAAACUGUAGAAAUAUAAAUGAGUUUGAAAACAAUACUUUUGACCCUCUUAAAUCGAAUGUUUCAAAUGGUGUUAUGCCUUUACUGUAUUAUACGAAUGAGUAUCAGAUAUCCCAAUCAGCAGUUACAAAUGCUGGGUCUUUUCUUUUUGAUACGGUCUCUCCAUUGCCUGUGGAUGCAUGUUCCAGUACAAGUUUGUUGAGUUCAAAUGAUUUAACAGUUAAUUGGAAGAGCCAACAGCUGCUUCCAUAUGAGAGGGUAAUAUCUUGUAAUCUCAGUGGUAAACAGCCGUGCCACAGUUAUGAGGGCAAAGGAAUGGUAAAGGGAGCAAGCAGCUCAAUGGAUUCACAGCAUAUGACUCAAAUUUCUACCAUGCCUGCAAAGGAGGCUGGAAUAAAUGUACAUUCUGGAGCACCUCCUCCUUGGCUUGAAGCAACUGAAGAAAAUCAACUAAAUGUUCAAUUAAGACCAAUCUCAUCUAGCUUUAUUUCCCUUUCAAAUAAGCCUAGGAAAAAAUUAAAUCCAAAUAGGGUUGGAGCUGCUUGGGCAGAAAGGAGAAAGAUUGAGAUGGAGUUGGAGAAGAGAGGAGAAAUUGUGAGUAAUUAUGAAAUUAACUGGCUUCCGGAUUUUGGUAGAGUUUGGCAAUCAGGCAGUAGAAGGGAAUCCAGAAAAGAAUUUGAGAAGGAGAAACAGAAAUUGUCCAAGGUUGAAAGUCCUUCUGAUAUGCCUAUAACAAUACAGCCUUACAUCAGUAAAAGAAUGCGAAGGGACGCCUGUGAAUGAUAAUUGAGGACCUAUGGUGAUUAACAUGCAAAUCAAUGGCAGUGCAAGAGACAUGGUGAGAGAUCGUUAUGUAUAUUCUUCUGCCAUUACUCUUCAACUUCAAAUUUGUAGAUAAACUGAGUUGAAGAUUGCUGGUAAAGGUGAAACAUGUCCUAGUGAACAUUGGUGAAGCAAUGGCAAAUCAGCUGUUAAUGACAAUGAUGCUAGAUAUGACGGUUGUUGAUACUUGUUCAAUGUGCUGGUGGCUGAACUUUGUAUGUCUCAUGCCUUAUGUCGGAGAAAAGGGAUGAUCGACUUCGCUGUUCUUUUAAUAUCGUUAAAUGAUGCAUUUGCCAAAGUAGGAUGUACAUUACAAUUAUCAUAUUCCGUUUAAUACAUGGCAAUAUGCUUCUCCA